AACAUUGUGUGCAGUCUGUCAGCCCUGUUUUGUGAGUUCGGUUGAAAAGGACAGAAAUGCUGAGUCCACUUCUGUGAUGUAUUGGUCGGCAGCCACCUGGAGAAGGCUAUGAUGGGAAGGAGAUCAGACUGGUGCUGUUUCUAUAUUUUUCCUGAUAUGGCUCUCCCUCCUCCGGAUCCACAGUAUGUUCUCCGAGGAGCUAAUGACGCAGUCAACACUCUGUGUUUUCAUUGUGCAGAUCCAAAUCCGGAACUUCCCCUUCUUUUCUCGGGGUCUUCAGAUGGGCUGAUCCACAUCUGGAACAUAAAGACACACAGGAUGGAUAGAAUACUGAAUGGCCAUGAUGGAAAAUCAGUGCUUUGGGUGAAAACUUUAGGCAACCGAAAUACGCUUCUUAGCCAGGGUCGUGAUCAAAAUGUCUGCUUGUGGGACUUGACAGAAGGAAGGAAGGAUGUUACAGAUGCUGUUUUCACAGACCACGUUGGGUUCUGCAAGUGCUCCCUCUUGAAGGUGGCAGAGAGACGUUGGUUAAUGGCUAUGCCAGGCACAGGCAUAGAAGAGGUUCGGGUUUUGGAGCUGCCAUCCAAGACAUCAGUCUGUACCUUGAAGCCAGAGGCCGAUGCCAAACUGGGCGUGCCCCUGUGUCUGAAACUGUGGCAGCCCAGCGUUGGCUCAUCUCCUUCCCUUCUGGCCGGCUACGAGGAUGGGUCAGUGGUUCUGUGGAAUUUGUCAAUGGGGAAAAGGCUGAGUCGGCUGGCGUGUCAUCAGGAGCCAAUCAUGGCCCUUGACUUUGACUCGGAGAAGGCCAAAGGGGUGUCAGGCUCAUCUGAGAAGACGCUGUGUGUCUGGAGGCAAAAUGAGCAGCAGAACCUAGAGAUUCAGCAGACAUGCCAGCUCACCAAUCCUGGGAUCGCUGACGUGACCCUCCGACCCGACAAAAAGAUUUUGGCCACCGCCGGCUGGGAUCACCGCAUCCGCAUCUUUGGCUGGAAGAAGCUAAAGCCCUUAGCCGUACUGGACUACCACACAGCAGCAGUCCAUUGUGUGGCCUUCUCGGACCACAGCCAGCCCAGCCAAAGACUAAUGGCAGCAGCCUCCAAAGAUCACCGCAUCAGUGUCUGGGCAAUAUAUAAUCAGACGUGAGGGAGGCUUGGAAAAUUGGACACAAGGCCAGCGAAAGUUUACAGUGAAAGUGUUGAAACCAGAGAAGGCUUAACAGCUCUUCCAUAAGUGCCUCUAGCAGCAGCAGAAUUUAGAAAGUGUUGGGGGAGGGAUACAUUUAAUGGUAAUAAUGUUUCCUCGUAGCUCUCUGCUUAAUCAGGGGUGUCAAAGAUGUGGCCCAUAUCAGGCCCGCGAUCAAGUCUGCUUCCUUCUCCCUCUCUCUUGCUUCCUUCAGUUAUCAGAGACUGUUACAGAAAAUAUUGCAAACAUGUUUUAUUUAAAGUUUUUUUUAAAAAAAAAAGUUUUAAUUGUG